AUGGAAACACUCACAGUACUACUCGUGCUACAGUUCGCUAGCGCAGGAUCGGUUCGCGUGCAGAACAAGCCACAGGUGCGCGUCACCACCGCAUUUGUCAACCUUGAUGCACGCAUAAUGGAUCAAUGGGGACGUGGAGGAGGCGACGCUUGGACGAUUGCCGACGAUUCACAUCACCCAUUUGUCGGUCGCGAAUUCGGAGGUGCAAAGCGACGAGAUAUCCGCGGUUCCAAUGCGUUUGGCAGUGGCUACACAUACGGAGUAAAGGAUAAAUCGGUUGUAUCUGGUCGAGCGUUCCCGUUUGGUACUUGGCCGCUGUAUUGGGCGGACAAUUUCAUGAACUCGACAACGGAGUGCGGACCACAUCUCGACGCAGUCCGACCUGGUGGACAUCUUUCAAUAGUCACACUGAGUUCGACAAAGGGCCAAUCAUACAGCUCCCACGACGAGGUGUAUUACGCUAUUGGAGACUCGCAGUCUCUUCUUGCGAUUCUCGUCUCGUACGUGACAUGGUGUCAUGCAAAUCUAGCAUGGCCCACUAGAUUUGAUCCACUAGCUCCCAACGCGACUGUCAAGAUGGAAAACGUCUUGCAGUAUUACCGAGCGAGCAGCUUUGCCCUCGCUUCACUUUCCUUUACCAACCCACAAGCUCGAAAUGUCUCAUAUGAUGGGGCAUAUACGAUACCAGAUAGCAUCAAGCACUCUGGAUUUUGGCAAUGCCUUGACUCGACAACUGCCAGUGCCCUUCCAAUCAUGAAUACAACCUGGAAGGUGUCACCAGCCUAUAUAGUCAUAAUUGUUUUCUUUGUUUUGGCGAUACCCCUGGUGUACCUCCUGUGGCGAACUUUGAUCUACACGCAAUACCUCGCAUCUGAAGCCCGAGACUGGGUGUGGAACUAUGACGUGAGGAUGGAGGAGAUUGCAACAAGGCGAAGAAAAAUCAUGGAGGACCGAGAGGUGUUCUAUUUUACAUAUGAGCUGUAUCCUUAG